UUAAAUUUGAAAACGAGCGGCAGCUUUGUGUAGGAGAAGAAAACGGAAGAAAAGAGGAAAGAUGACUGCAGACAAUGAAAUAGACAUUAAAGAGGCGUUUCAGCGCGCUCAGAAGGGUCACAACAACAAGGCAAAGCUGGUGGCUAGCCUGAAGAGCCGCUACAACAAGUUUGAGGAUAAGACACUGUUCCAUGAGGAGUUUGUCCACUACUUGAAGUACGCCAUGAUUGUCUACAAGCGUGAACCUACAGUUGAAAAUGUCAUCGAGUUUGUUGCGAGGUUCGCCACAAGUUUCCAAUCUUCAUCUAAAACAGAGGAGGAGGAGCAGGGCGAGGAUGAGGAGGAAGAGGAAGACGCUGAGGAUGAUCAUCCCUUUCUAAGUUUCAUCUUCAACUUCUUAUUGGAGUCUCAUAAAGCCAGUAGCCAUGCGGUGCGUUUCCGUGUGUGCCAGCUGAUCAACAAGUUGCUGGGCAGUAUGGCAGAGAAUGCCCAAAUUGACGAUGACCUCUUUGAUCGCAUCCACCAAGCCAUGCUGGUCCGUGUCACUGACAAGUUCCCGAAUGUGAGGAUUCAGGCUGCUUUGGCCAUGACCCGUCUACAGCAGCCAAAAGAUCCUGACUGUCCCACCAUCAAUGCGUAUAUGUUGAUUCUGGACAAUGAUGGUAAUGCUGAGGUGCGACGUGCCGUUCUCUCCUGCAUUGCAAUGUCCCCUCGGACCCUCCCCAAAGUACUGAAACGUACCCGGGACAUCAAAGAGAAUGUCCGCAAGCUAGCCUACCAGGUUCUGGCUGACAAAGUUCACAUUAAAGCUUUAACCAUUGCACAGAGAGUAAGUCUACUGCAGCAGGGUCUCCAUGAAACCUCAGAAGCAGUGAGGGAGGUGGUUUGCUGUCGCCUACUGCCGGCCUGGCUGUUUCGGCUGGAUGGUAAUGUCAUAGAGUUGCUCCACAGGCUGGAUGUAGAGAACUGUGCCCAAACAGCUCUAGACACACUGAAAGCCAUCUUGAAAAACAAACCUACUGAGGAACUGCUGCAGGACAGAGUACAGCUCGACAACAGGAAGCUGGUCCCAGUCGACUCUCUGACCUGUGAGAAUGUGCUUUACUGGAGAGCUCUGUGUGAGUUUAUCAAGGCUAAAGGCGAUGAAGGUGAUGAAAUGCUGGAGCAAGUGUUGCCAGACGCUGCCACUUACGCUGACUACCUCUAUGGAUAUCUGAGGGCAGUGCCUGUGCUGUCAGAGGAGCAGAGGGCUGACUUCAACCAGCUGGAGCUGGUCAUGACCAAAGAGUUCAUCUCUCAACAGCUCAUCUAUCUCAUCGGAUGUUUGGACACAAAUGAGGAGGGCGGCAGGAAGCGUGUGUUGGCUGUUCUGCAGGAGAUGUUGGCUCUUCCACAGACCCCCUCCUCCCUGGUCUCCCUGCUCACUGAGAAACUCCUCGCCCUCAUCCCUGAUGACCAAAGAUGCAUUCAGACUGUGGCAGAAAUCAUCUCAGAUGUGAGGGAGCCCAUCAUGGAGGCCAGUCAGCCAGUGGAUGAGAACAAGAGCCGCCAGCAGCAGAUCCAGCUAGCAGAGGUGAAGGUCCGUAUCUUGGAGGCUAAACAAACCCUGGAGGACUGUAUCGCUGCCCAGGAGUUCAGCCGUGCAGCAGAGCUAAAGGACUCCAUCACAGAGUUUGAGAACCACAGGAACCAGAUCGUCCAGGAAAUUGCACAGAGCAGCCAGCUGACAGACAAGGAGAGCCGCACUGAGAAGAAUGACCCAGAGACUCUUCUGAGGUGUUUAACAAUGUGUGCUGAACUGCUGAAGCAGAUGAACAUCAAGACUCGAAUUGGUCCAACCAUAAGUGCCCUAAUGUCCUCACUGGUCCUGCCGAGUAUUGCAAAUGCUCACCCUGCGGUCCGCAACAUGGCUGUGGUGUGUCUGGGAACAUGCACUCUGCACAGCAAGGAGCUGGCCAAAACCCACAUGGUCCUGCUGCUACAAAUUGCCCAGCUGGAUGAGGUAAAGAUCCGAAUCAGUGCUCUGCGGGCCAUCAUUGACCUGCUGCUGCUGUUUGGCUUCCAGCUGCUCUCUGAAACAGCUGCCACUCAGACAGCCCCGCCCUCCCAGUCACCAGACAGACAAGAAGAGGAAGCACCACCAGUGGCCGAGGAGAAGGGAGAGGUAUCGGAGGACACAGCGCAGAGUAUCCUUGUGAUGCUUUCAGAGUUCCUGGACAGCGAGGUGUCUGACCUGCGUACAGAAACAGCGGAGGGCCUGGCCAAACUUAUGUACACCGGCCGCAUCUCCAGUGCCAAGAUGUUGUCUCGUCUGGUGUUGCUGUGGUACAACCCUGUCACUGAGGACGACACCCGCCUACGACACUGCCUCGGCGUCUUCUUCCAACUCUACGCCCGCGAGAGCAGGGCCCACCAGGAGAUUGUGGAGGAGAGUUUCCUUCUGACUGUACGGACUCUGAUUAAUGCCCCAGCCACCUCUCCUCUAGCUGAGGUGGAUAUUAACAAUGUAGUCGAGCUGCUCGUGGAGCUGACCCGCCCCAGUGCACUUAUUAAACCCUCAGCUAACACAGAGGAGGUGUGUGUCCAUGACUAUUUGGCGGUUCGUAUGUGUGGGGAGAUGCUGAAGGACCCUACAGUCCCUGAGGUUCGUCUCUAUGCCAAGACUCUAAGCAACCUGGAGCUCAGCAGAGACGAGACUGUGAGAAAAGACCUGCAGACACUGCUGCAACAGCUUGUACAGGUGGUGAGGGAUCGUGUCUGUCUCCGUGCUCUGGAGAAGAUGGUUAAUCAGCUGGUGGACUCAAAAGAACAAGCUGAGCUCCUUAGUGCCAGCGCACUACAACCACUGGAUGUCAAUGCAGAUGAGGCUGCAACAGAAGAUCCAUCUAAAUCUGCCAAGAGAGCUAAAAGAGGUCAGAGGAAAGUCUGCACAGCUAAAGGAGGCAGAAAGCCAAGCAGGAGGGCAGAGUCAUCAGAGGAGAGUGAUGGAGAAAAUGUUCCUGAGUCAGUUCCUGUGGUGCGUCCAUCACGGAGAGCCAAAACGACAGCUCUCGAGAAAACAAAGCUGGAUCUCAACACCCUCAUCAACCAGGAGGCAAAUCUGUCAUAGAAGUCAGGUUAUGAACAAUCAAUGCAAAAAUGAAAAUUGAAAUUAGUUACUUUUAACUAACCAGGAUUCAAUUACUCCAGUUUAACAUUAUUCAUAAAUACUUUUCUUUUGUCAACAUCUAGUAAAACUGAUGUCAAUAAAUGUAACUGGUGCUCACACAUCUAAUUUAGAUCCCUCAUAAUGGGGUCACCCCUUCAUAUGUAGUCGUAUUUCCUCUUACGUUGUUAUUUUAAUCAUUAAAGUAAGAUGUAUGUCAAUAAAGCUUGCCCUCUUCAUUAUCACAAAACCA